UAUCUCUCUGGUGCCCGGGGUGGCUGGUGCUGCGGUUUGGCCGGCGUUCGGACAUGGCGCUGUCGCCGCCACUUCUUCUGCUGUUGCUGCUGCUGGCGUUGCUGAUGGUGCUGCUGGCGCGGGCGGCCACGCCACCGGAACCGGUCCCGGUCUCGGUCCCGACCCUAGCACCGGGCGACCCGCCGUUGCCCCCCCAGUCCCCGGACGCGCUGUUCGCCGCCGGUGCCGAGGCGUACGCGCGGGGGGACUGGCCCACCGUAGUGCUGCAGAUGGAGCGGGCGCUGCGGGCGCGGGCCGCCGUGCGCUCUCGUCUGAUGCGGUGCCGCCUGCGCUGCGCCAACGCCACAGUGGGGCUGGCGGAGGGGACCGAGUCCCAACCCGACCCGGUGCUCCGAGACUUGUGGUUCUUUCGGGCGCUGCUUCGCCGCGCCGCCUGCCUGCGGGGCUGCGGGCCCGCUGCGCCCUCCCGGUACCGCCUGGGCGAGGAGCUGGACCGGGAGUUCAGCCGGCGCAGCCCCUACAACUACCUCCAGGUCGCCUAUUUCAAGAUGAACCGGCCAGCGCAGGCGGCAGCGGCUGCUCACACUUUCUUCGUCGCCAACCCGGGGCACCAGGAGAUGAGGCAAAACCUGGAGUACUACCAGGCGAUGGUGGGAGUCCACGAGGAUGAUUUCAUUGACCUGGAGGCCAAACCCCACCUGAGUGAAUUUCAGCUGGGCAUCCGGUUUUACACAGAGGAGCAGCCAGCUGCUGCCAUCCUGCACCUGGAGAAGGCACUGAAGGAGUAUUUUGUAGCAGACACUGAGUGCCGCUCUCUCUGCGAGGGACCCUAUGACUACGAGGGCUACAACUACCUUGAGUACAAUGCAGACCUUUUCCAGGCCAUUACAGAUCACUCCAUGCAAGUGCUAAGCUGCAAGCAGGGCUGCGUCACAGAGCUGGCCUCCCAGCCUGGCCAGGAGAAGCCUCUGGAGGAUUUCCUGCCCUCGCACUUCAACUAUCUGCAGUUUGCCUACUACAACAAUGGGAAUUAUGAAAAAGCUAUUGAAUGCGCCAAAACCUAUUUGCUCUUCUUCCCACAUGAUGAGGUGAUGAACCAAAAUUUGGCCUAUUACACCGCCAUCCUGGGGGAAAACCUGGCCAGACCCAUCCAACCACGAGAGGAGAUCCAGGUAUAUUACCAGCAGAGCCUGAUGGAGAAGGAGCUACUCUUCUUCAGCUAUGACGUCUUUGGCAUCCCUUUUGUGGACCCGGACACAUGGACACCUGAAGAGGUGAUACCAAAAAGACUGCGAGAGAAACAGAAGGUGGAGCGGGAGACAGCAGCACGCAUCUCUGAGGAAAUCGGCAACCUCAUGAAGGAGAUUGAGACACUGGUGGAGGAGAAGGCCAAAGAGUCUGCCGACAUGAGCAAGUUCAUCCGAGAAGGUGGCCCUUUGGUGUAUGAAGGAGCCAGUGUCACCAUGAACUCCAAGGCCCUGAAUGGCUCCCAGCGUGUCGUGGUGGAUGGAGUCCUUUCUGCUGAGGAGUGCCGAGAACUGCAGAGGCUCACUAAUGCGGCUGCCUCGGCUGGAGAUGGCUAUCGGGGGAAGACCUCUCCUCACACUCCCAGCGAGACCUUCUAUGGCGUGACUGUCCUCAAGGCCCUCAAGCUGGGGCAGGAGGGGAAGGUGCCCCUGCACAGUGCCUACUUGUACUACAACGUGACAGAGAAGGUGCGGCACAUGAUUGAGUCCUACUUCCGCCUGGAGGUCCCACUCCACUUCUCCUACUCCCACCUAGUGUGCCGCACAGCCAUUGAUGGAUACUUGGGGAUGGACCCUGUUCUUGGACAGAGGGGUCCUGACAUGCCCUAUUCUACCCUAGAGAAGCAAGAUGGCCGGAGUGACAACAGCCAUGAGGUGCAUGUGGACAACUGCAUUCUCAAUGCAGAAGCACUGUUGUGCGUGAAGGAACCCCCAGCCUACACUUUCCGGGAUUACAGUGCAAUCCUCUACCUCAAUGGGGACUUUGAAGGAGGAGCUUUCUACUUCACUGAGCUGGAUGCCAAGACUGAGACCGCAGAAGUCCAGCCGCAGUGUGGCCGUGCUGUGGGCUUCUCCUCUGGCUCAGAGAACCCCCAUGGGGUGAAAGCUGUCACCAAGGGUCAGCGCUGUGCUAUUGCCCUCUGGUUCACCCUGGACCCUCGGCACAGUGAGCGGGAGCGUGUGCAGGCAGAUGACCUAGUGAAGAUGCUUUUUGGUAUGGAAGAGGGGGAUUUGGAGCCAGAGACAGAGAAGGAAUCACCAGCUGCCAUUGUGGUCAGGAAGGAUGAGCUGUGACAUCCUACACGGACCAGGACAUCUCUGCUGGGACUAGUCAUGUCAGCAUUGUGGCUUUGGGCUGCAUAGUCAUAAGGGUAACAUGUGGGAUCCCCUCUGCCCCCAAUCCAGUUGGAAUGGGGUUUUGGGGAAUGCUGUGUACUACCCCUGCAGGAUCCAGUAUCCCCCUGCAGAGCUGACCUGGGGUGUGUGAUAGAGGCUCAGGGGUGGGUGACAUGGGGACAAGGGAGGGAUGCUCUGUUAGGGGUGGGGCUCUGGUGCCAAUGGGUGCAGAUGUGUGCCUUUCCUGAACUUGGAGCUAUUUAAGUGCCUUCUGCAGAAAAUGGGUGAAUAAAGGUAUUUUUUUUUCUAA